GCACCAGUCUAAACAGGUUAUGUGAAGCUGUGGUUCUGGGGCUUGAAUCUGGGGCUUUGUAUGCUGUGAGCAAGACUAUGACUACUCCCCAGUUCCCAUUUCUUUUGGGGGGUUUUGAGAUAGGGUCUCACUUACUAACCCAGGUUGGCUUUGAGCUCAUAGUAGUCUUCCUGCUUCAGCCUCCGAGGUGCUAAAAUAAUAGGCAUGAGCCACCAUACCUGACAUUUAUAGGAUCAUGAACUCAGAGAUACAGACCAGGGGCCUGAAUCCUGGGGCAGAAUUGGCCCUAGAUGCAACCCUCCAGCCCUCAGUGUUAAGAAAACAGCCCUUGGAGGAGACAUAGGCAAGAGGCCAAGCAAGGAUGAUAGGGGAAGGACGGUUCCAGGAGACAGAGCGGUAACCUAAGCCUUCAUGCACUUAAACACUGACUCUGGAAAAGGCUGGCCAGCACGCAGGAGUGUCAGUGCGAGAGAAGGUAGAAAUGCAGACUCAGUUCAGUAUAGACGGCCUUUUGGGAACUGGGCUAAAGGCCACAUCUGCAGGAUAGGGACAUUUUUAUCUUGAGAAGGGUCCAGGAGAGGGUGUCACUACUGCUGCUGGACCUAGUGAUGUGUCUAGGAAGCCAUGGUCCUUGUAAUGCGUGGCUUCAACUAGCGGUGCUUGGUCGCUGGUCUCCAUCGCCUCUUGGCCUUGUGUUUCCAAACUGUCAAAGAAGAGGGUGUUAUGGUCUUGAAUGGCAGGGGAAAUUUCUUCCUUGGGAGGAUGGGUUACUGGGUGGGGUGACCACUGUCACUUGUCAUCAAAGGCCAAAUGUCCACUGAGAGUUAGACAGUACCUAGAACUGGAGAUUUAGCAGUGGACACUAAGUCUAGACUCAUUCCCGAAGAGUAGACAGACUUAGGAUAGUCACUGGCUUUUCCUUUCUUGGGAUGUUUAACCUGUUGAGCAAUACUGGAUGUGAUAGUCCCCCUGGGGCCGGGGAGAAGCCAAGACCAUCUCAGGAAGAUGGGGAAACUAUUUCUUCACCUGGUACACCAGUCCUACCUCACUCACUGCCCAGAGCCUCAUGGGGCAACAAAAGUCUGAAGCAAGCCCCAGCCCACGCCCUGGCAGGCAGCCAGCAGCAGAAGGCUUCUGGUUGGGCUUUUGCAUCAGGUUCAGGCUGAGCAUAAAGGAGGCUCUCAGGCCUGGAGGAGGCAGUCUUGGGGACGAUGCAAGCUCAGAGGGACAACCCUUCCCUGCGAUGGUCACUAUCGCUGCUGCUGCUGCUGGGCCUGGUGUUGCCUUUAGUGUUCCCCCAGACCCUCAGCUACAGGGAGGCUGUGCUCCGUGCUGUGGACGACUUCAACCGGCAGUCCCUGGACACCAAUCUCUACCGCCUUCUGGACAUGGAUUCUCAGCCCUCAGGGGAUGAAGACCCAGACUCCCUCAAUUAUGUGAGGUUCAGAGUGAAGGAGACAGUGUGUGACAAAGCAACGUAUCAGACACCUGAGCAGUGCAACUUCAGGGAACACGGGCUGGUGAAGCAGUGUGUGGCGACAAUCAACCAGGGCACAGAUUCUUUUACAGACAUCAGCUGUAAAGGGCGUGGGACACAGCCCCAGCAGUUCAAGAACGUUGGCAGGAUUGCUGGACUUCUCCGAAGAGGUGGGCUGAAGAUUGGUGAAAAGAUUCAGAAACUUGGCCAGAAAAUCCGGGAUAUUUUUCAGAAAAUUACACCUGAGGGAGAGAAGUAGGCCUGCCUUGGCUUGUUUCUGGAUUUCAAAAAUAAUAAAUUUGGUGAAGGAAACUUCUCAA